AUGACAAUUGGUUUCGUCAAAGAUGGAAACCUUCACUAUUUGAAAUAUUCUAAGCAUAAAAAUUUUUCUUAUUCAAUACAUUCAAGUGUGUUAGAAAGCGACUUCAAGUGCAGAGUGUUUUGCAUACUGUUGAAUCUUCAUUGUUUUCUGUUUUCUGUUUUCUGUUUUCUGUUUUCUGCUUUCUGCUUUCUGCUUUCUGUUUCUUUGUUCUUGUUUUUUUUUUUUAGUCUAGUUAUUCGUUGUCCGAUACUUUUUAGUUCUACAUCCUGUACAGUAGAUAUCGGAUUCCCCCGUCAAUACUUCGCAGAGGCAGACAAACCAUUUGCGGAAAUGGAGACGGAAAUCACUCGUUUUUGCUCAUAA